UUUCCGACUGGUGGGAGGGGCUAAGAGUGAGUGAGAGAGAGAGGGAGAGAGGAGGGCAGCGAAGAUGUCGCCGGGCUCGGAGGUGGCGCGCGGGCCGCCUAGAGCGGUGCUGGGCUAUACGCCGGACGAGAAGCUCCGACUGCAGCAGCUGCGCGAGCUGCGGCGCCGUUGGCUGAAGGACCAGGAGCUGAGCCCGCGCGAGCCGGUCCUGCCCCCACGCAAGCCCGGGCUGGUGGAGGGCUUCUGGGAGCGCUUUCUGCAGCCCGGGGGGCUCUGGAGGAAGCAGGUGAGGUGGCCCCCCCGAGUCCGGGGUGGGGGUUUAAGCUAGCAAGCUUUCAGGCAC